AUGACUGAUACGACCUUCACUGGCUACAGCGAGCAGCAGGGCAAGGUCUAUGCCCAAUCUCGCCCAGACUACCACCAGAGUCUCUACGAUGCUGUUAUGAAUCAGCACACUUCUACUGGUGGUCAGUUAGAUACCCUUGUCGACCUGGGCUGCGGGCCUGGUCAAGCUGUUCGUGCUCUUGCUCCUCGGUUCAAGACUGCCAUUGGGCUAGAUCCUUCGGUGUCAAUGAUCAGCGUCGCCCGAAGUUUGGGUGGAGAUACCUCCACUUCAAAGCCCAUUCGCUUCGAGGUUUCAACUGCCGAGGAUCUGGGAGCAAAUUUAGAUCCAGCGAUUGCCGAUGAGAGUGUGGACCUCAUUACUGUUGCCACUGCUGCCCAUUGGUUCGACAUGGACAUAUUCUGGCCCAAGGCUUCGCGAAUCCUCAAGCCCGGUGGCAGCGUCGCCAUCUGGGUCAAUGGAGAAACUCGCAUCCAUCCUUCCGUCCCCAAUGCGGCUGCUAUACAGGCUGUCGUGACCCGAUAUCGUGCUGAGCACCUCGCUGGAUUCAUGCAAGCAGGUAAUACCAUGAGCCAGGACUGCUAUGCCACUCUCCCACUCCCCUGGACGAUCUCAAACCCCGUCCCUGAGUUCGAAGAAUCUUCCUUCUUCCGUCGAUAUUGGAAGAGCGGGGAUGAGUUCUUGAAGGCCCGAGUUAACCUCAACCUGGAUGGCUUCGAAAAAAUGCUCAGCACAUUCAGCCCCAUCACCAGGUGGCGAGAGGCUCACCCCAAUGAUGUGGGAACUGAGAACGACGUGGUCAGGAGGUUCCUCGGCGAGAUCAAGCAGCUGCAGCAUGAGGCUGGCGUGGAGCCCGGUGAGGAGUUGAUUUCUCUCGAUAGCACUGGCGUCCUCCUUGUUAUCAAGAAGAAGUGGUAA